AGAGGGGGUGAUGGGCAGCGACUUCAUUUCAGCCGCACCUCUGACAAUUAAUGAAGUAAGGUUAGAAGUUUUAGAUUUCGUAUCGCAAUGCGGGAGGUGAAACUGCCGAGUUCACCUGCGCCAAGUCGGCGUGCGCUCUUCGGUGCGGUGCCGAUUGUUUUGCUCGCUACGCUUUGCCUCAUCGUUGCGCCAACGAAGCUGGGUCAGGCGCGCCUCACUCCUGCUUCUCCAACUUCUGCGGCACGCGACAGCCGCGUCGCAGCGCUGCGGGAUGCGCUGCGUGCCGAACACCGAGUGGAAACGAUACCGGACCCUCCCCCGGAGCUGGGGAUUCACACCGCCUGCAAAAAGUUUGGCCGCGGCUGCCCCGAUGCGUACGUCGCAUUUUUAGAAGAUGUGGUGGCGUCUCUGCGGCCUGUUUUGGACACGGAAGAGCACAAUGCGUCGUCUGGUUCAACAGGAAGCACCGCGGAGCAGGUGAAGGAAACGGAGAAUGAGGCCGAGGCUUCCUCUGCCAGUUCUUCGAGGGAAUCCGCUGCCCCGCCUUCCACGUCACCGUCUCGCUUGUCUCUCCCUGUGCAGACCUCCUGGUCCUACGCGGAGUUCAAGCGUCUGGAGAGCAUUUUGGUUCGCAUUAAGGUAGCCGAGACGCAGCUGGACAGGCACGGCAUCGCCUCACGCGAGCUGCAGCGGAAGCACUGUGUUCCUCGCGGCGAAGAUCUGACUUUUCAGGACGACUUUAAUGGCGAGGUGACCGCGCAGUUAUCGCUGGCGUGCGCGUCUUUGCAUAGAGGUCAGUCGGCCACAUCCGCCGCGUGGAAGAUGACCGAAGACGAGGCAGCGAUGUACGCAACGUGGUGCCGCUACAUGGAACACCGUCGCAAGACAAACGAAGAAGAUGUGCAGGCUGGGACAUCGUUGCCAUUUGUUUUCCACCUCGCCCGUCUUCCCUACACUCCAUUUGGGUGUUACGUGAUGGACGGGCGCCGGUGGUAUGCACGUCUGCUCCUGUGGCUCGACUCGCGCCUGGCUUUUUUUGUGUCGUGGACGUGGAGUGUGGCCCUUCCCGGUUCCUGCUGCACGUUUGUUCUGCUGUGGAUCUACAUCGGUGAAGGUUGGGGUGCGGGGGCGGAAGCGAUCGUCUUUGGCGUAGGCGAGGCAACAAACGCGCAAGAAGAAGAUCAACGCGAGGCUCGAGACGCACCCGACUCUCAGGAGCUGGUGGCAGCGAGCCAAUUUCGCCAGAGCCGAUUGGCUGGGCUGCGCUAUGCUUUUAUCGAAUGCGUGCAGCACCGGUCAUGGCCCAUGUCCUUUCUCAAACUUCGCCUCGUGCUCUGCUUGAUUGUUGCGGUGGAUCUCUUGUGGAGUCUUGGGCAGAUUCUUUACAUUACUCUAUGGUCUCUGUCCAGCCCGAAAGCGGCAUCCGGCCACCAAUUGCUGCCCGCCUCGAUCGGCUUCGUGCUGCGACUGCUUCCGGCGUGGGUUCAAGUUGUGACGAACGUGUACGUCGUUGUGGUGCUCCAGGGGGUGGUGCUGCGUAUGGCACUGAGCGGGGCUGCGAGUGCGUACGCGGAUUGGCAGGAUUUCAUCGCGAAGUGUGCGACGGAGCAGGAGUACCUGCUAAAGGCCGCCGCUGAUGUCUCUCUAUGA